AUGGAUUCAGAAUAUCAAGAGAAUGCUGAAUACUCAAAGCUAUUAGACCAGAACGAUCCACUAGGAAGCUUUCGACAUCGCUUCUACUUGAAGAAAGGCUGUAUUUACAUGUGUGGUAACUCUCUAGGUCUUGCCUCUAAAGACGCUGAGCAAUGCAUACUGAAUGCGAUCGAGAAAUGGAAAGAAGAAGCUAUCAAAAUCUGGAACAUUGAAGAUAACAAAUAUUUGUUAUAUUCCAAAUAUCUUGCUAAAAUGAUGGCUUCCAUAGUUGGAGCUGACCCAGAAGAGCUUGCUAUAACUGGAGGAACUACAAUCAAUAUCCAUCAAACUAUUAGCACGUUUUACAAGCCAACCAAAGAAAAGUUCAAGAUUCUGGUUGACGACAUCAAUUUCCCGACUGACCGAUAUGCAAUCGAUAGUCAGGUUAGAUUACAAGGUUACACCCCUGAGGAGGCGGUCAAAGUGGUGAAAAGUAAGAAUUACUUCAUGAACGAAGACGAUAUCAUAGACGCAAUGACCAGCGAAGUCACUUUAGUGUUCCUUCCAACGGUGUACUACCGAACUGCUCAAAUCUUGGACAUGGCCAAAAUUACGAAAGCGGCGAAAGAAAGAAAUAUUAUCAUAGGAUGGGACCUCUGCCACGCUGUUGGAACGAUAGAAAUUCAUUUGAAAGAACUCGAUGCUGACUUCGCGAUAUGGUGUACUUAUAAAUACCUGAAUGGCGGCCCAGGAUCUACAGCGGCUUUAUAUAUUAAUAGGAAACAUUUCAAAAAGUUGCCAGGUUUGACUGGAUGGUAUGGUAAUAAGCCUGAGACCCAAUUCUUGCUUAAACAAGAGUUCGAACACCAGCAAUGCGGAAAUGGAUGGCAAAUUGGUUCCCCGAAUAUUUUAUCUAUGGCUGGGCUCGAGGGAUCGCUCAAAAUCACAACUGAUGCAGGUGUUGAAAAUAUUAGGAAGAAGUCUCUACACAUAACAGGCUACUUGAUCUAUCUUAUCGAAACUAAGUUGAUUAAAUAUGGAUUUAGCAUUGGCAACCUGAGAGAAAACCAUCGGAGAGGAGGUCAUGUGUGUUUAGAACACGAAGAUGGAUACAGAAUCAGCUUGGCGUUAAAAGCCCGCGGUGUAGUAUCUGAUUUUAGGGAUCCCAAUGUGAUUCGUGUGACACCUGUGGCAUUAUAUACUAGUUAUGAAGAUGUAUAUAAUGUAGUGGAUAUCCUUUUAGAUAUUGCUCAAACUGAGAGUUACAAGAAGUUUGAUAAGAAAAGAAAUUUGGUAGUUUGA